ACCAAUGUCAGCACAAUGACAGUAGCUGUCCUGGGUGCUCACCAUGUGCCAAGAGCUGCUAAGCCCAUUAUAUACAUCGUCUCAUUUAAUCCUCACUGAAAUUCUAUGAGAGAAUCCCAACUCGGAAUUGGUGAUAUGUCAAUCUCAAGAUUAGACUGCCGUCUUGAAUCGAAAUGAGUUGCCAUCCCCCUCCCUCAUAAAAAAGGGUGGGUGGGUAGGCCAUUCCAAUCAGGGUUUCUCUUUCUCUUGAGCUAAUGGUGAUCAAAGCAACUGACAAACUGCCACGGAAUCUGCCAGACCUCACUCUGGCCUUGCUGUAUCUCCCCAGUGCCUGAAUUUUCUUCCUUCUGUCAUGCUCUGAGCCCAUUCUUAGCAAACUACCAGGUCCCUGACUCCUGGUCUGCAGCUACUCUGGGCAUGUUGUGCUCUGAUCCAAGUACCUGCAUCUGCCCUCUGGUGGCCUGAUGACAAGAGCUUAAUGGAGGUACCUUCCAGACCUUGCUCCAACAUCGACCCAGGCAACUACGAGGAAGUGCGUGAUCUGAUCACCCAGAUACCCUCUAAAGUGCAGAUACAAGAUAUUACUAAGGAGCUACACUGCCCACUGUGUAAUGAUUGGUUCCGUGAUCCACUGAUGCUAAGCUGUGGCCACAACUUCUGCCAGGCCUGUAUCCAAAACUUUUGGAAGCAGCAAGCAAAGGAAACAUUCUGUCCUGAGUGUAAGAUGCUAUGUCAAUAUAGCAACUGUACAUUCAACCUUGUACUUGAGAAGCUGGUAGAGAAGAUUAAGAAGCUACCCUUACUCAAGGGCCAUCCACAGUGCCCAGAGCAUGGAGAGAACCUGAAAAUAUUCAGUAAGCCAGAUGGGAAACUGAUCUGCUUUCAAUGCAAAGAUGCUCGGUUGUCUGUCGGGCAGUCUAAAGAUUUCCUGCAGAUCUCUGAUGCUGUCCAUUUCUUCAUGAAGGAGCUCACCACCCAUCAAGGUCAACUGGAGGCAACCCUGAAGGAACUUCAGUCCCUGAAGAAUAUGCAGAAAGAUGCUAUUGCUGCUUACAAGGAAAACAAGCUACAUCUGCAGCAACACAUCUCCUUGGAGUUUCUAAAGCUACAUCAGUUCCUGCACAGCAAAGAAAAGAACAUUUUAAAUGAGCUCCGAGAAGAGGGGAAAGCCUUGAAUGAGGAGAUGGAGCUAAAUAUGAACCAGCUUCAGGAACAGUGUCUCCUAGCCAAGGAAAUGUUGAUGAGCAUCCAAGCACGGAUGGAACAGCAGAAUCCCUUCGAGUUUCUCAAAGAUAUCUCAUCUCUCUUGGAUAGCUUGGAACAAGGAACAAAGGUGUUGAUGCCCAGAGAGCUUAUCUCCAGAAAGCUGAACCCAGGCCUGUACAAAGGUCCCAUCCAAUAUAUGAUGUGGAGGGAAAUGCAGUUUUCUCUCUCUCCAGGCCUAUCUUCAUUAACUCUGGACCCUAAAACAGCUCACCCAAAUCUGAUGCUCUCCAAAAACCGAACCAGUGUGUGGCAUGGUGACAUUAAGCAGGUAAUGCCCGAUGAUCCAGAAAGGUUUGACUCAAGUGUGGCUGUGCUGGGCUCAAAAGGCUUCACAUCUGGAAAGUGGUACUGGGAAGUAGAAGUAGCAAAGAAGACAAAAUGGACAGUUGGAGUCGUCAGAGAAUCCAUCAUUCGGAAGGGCAGCUGUCCUCUGACUCCUGAGCAAGGAUUCUGGCUUUUAAGACUAAGGAACCAAACUGAUCUAAAGGCUCUGGAUUUGCCAUCUUGCAGUCUGAAACUGACUAACAACCUCAACAAGGUCGGCAUAUACCUGGAUUAUGAAGGAGGGCAGGUGUCCUUCUACAACGCUAAAACCAUGACCCACAUUUACACCUUCACUAACAAUUUCACGGAGAAACUUUAUCCCUACUUCUGCCCUUGCCUUAAUGAUGGUGGAGAGAAUAAAGAACCCUUGCAUAUCUUACAUCCACAGUAAUUAGUCAUACUAUUGU